GGAGCUACUUGAGGACUGCAACAUGUCCUCACGGCCAAUCAGAAUCACCACUGCAGAGCAAACUAUCACCUUCAAUGUGCCCACAAAGACCAGCGAGGACAGACGUGGAGAAAUGUCUUCACUGUUCAUUAGCUUACUGAGGAUUCCUCUCCUCUUGCUCUUGCUCUAUGGGUUUGUGUGCUCACUAGACAUCCUAAGCUCUGCUUUUCAACUGGCUGGAGGCAAAGUGGCUGGAGACAUUUUCCAGGACAAUGCCAUCCUAUCCAACCCCGUAGCAGGACUCAUGGUGGGGAUUCUGGUCACGGUUCUGGUCCAGAGCUCCAGUACUUCCACAUCCAUUAUAGUCAGCUUGGUCUCAUCUGGACUGCUUGAAGUGAAAUCUGCCGUCCCCAUCAUCAUGGGCUCCAACAUCGGCACGUCUGUCACCAACACCAUCGUUGCCCUGAUGCAAGCAGGAGAGAGGAACGAGUUUAAACGGGCGUUUGCUGGGGCGACGGUCCAUGACUGUUUUAACUGGCUGUCGGUGCUGGUUUUGCUGCCGGUGGAGGUGGCGUCUGGUCUGGUGAGUUACCUGGCCAGAGUCACUGUCAGCAGCUUUCAGCUGCACAGCGGACAAGAAGCACCUGAACUACUGAAGACGCUCACUGAACCCUUCACCAAACUCAUCAUACAGCUGGAUAAAUCAGUAAUAACGGGCAUUGCUCUGGGCGACGAGUCCAUGAGGAAUCACAGCCUCGUGAAAGUCUGGUGCAAGUCCAGCAGCUUUGUGUCCUCAGUGAAUGUGACAGCAGCUGCCGCCCAGAACUGCUCCACUGAACUGCAUUGUGGGAAGGAUAGUGAUCUCACUUGGAUCACACAGAAUAUCAGCUCGCAGAUCAACACAGAGAAAUGCCGGCAUCUGUUUGUGGACUCGGGUUUGUCAGACCUGGCGGUGGGGCUCAUUCUGUUAGCCAGCUCUCUGAUGGUGCUGUGCACCUGCCUGCUGCUCAUCGUCAAAGUGCUGAACUCCCUCCUCAAAGGUCAAGUUGCAAAGGUCAUCGAAGGGGUCAUCAACACAGAUUUCCCGUACCCUCUCGGCUGGCUGUCAGGAUAUCUGGCCAUGUUGAUGGGAGCAGGGAUGACCUUUAUCAUUCAGAGCAGCUCUGUUUUCACCUCGGCUUUGACUCCACUCAUAGGCAUUGGCGUGAUCAGUCUCAAUAGAGCGUAUCCUUUGACCUUGGGUUCCAACAUUGGCACUACCACCACGGCCAUCCUUGCUGCUCUCGCCAGCCCCAGAGAGAAGCUUCCAGCUGCAUGCCAGAUUGCCUUGUGCCAUUUUUACUUCAAUAUUUUUGGGAUUUUACUGUGGUAUCCGGUCCCGCUCACUCGUCUGCCCAUCCGUAUGGCAUCUGCGCUGGGCGAAUGCACUGCCAAGUACCGCUGGUUUGCUGUGCUUUACCUUCUGGUGUGUUUUCUACUGCUGCCUUGCCUCGUGUUUGGCAUCUCUCUGGCUGGAUGGCAGGCCAUGGUCGGCGUGGGUGCGCCGUUCGCCGCGCUCACCAUCUUCAUCCUCCUGGUCAACCUGAUGCAGUCCCACAGUCCCACGCACCUGCCGAAGACACUGCGCAGCUGGGACUUUCUCCCGCAGUGGAUGCACUCUCUCAAACCGCUCGACAAGCUCAUUACCAAAACAACGGCGCUGUGCUGCAGCCCGGCUCGACUUAAUGACCCAGAUGUGGUUGUCGUGACUCCAGACACAACAAACAUCAAGCCAGAGUCAAAGAAACAAACCGAACAGUGGUAUGACAACCCUGCCCUGUCCCUACCUGAGGAGAUUUCCUCAGAGCCAAGAGUGUUUAGACUUAGAGGACUAGAAAGAUGCAACAGCACGCCAUUGUAGAUUUGUAGUCUUUCCAAAAUAAACCAUCAUGGUCUAAAUGGCCAGUCUCAGAUUUAUUCUCUAUUCCAAAACCUAGUGAGCUGCUUAUG